GUCAACAUUUUUAUCACAGCAAAAUGUCAAUGUGCGAGAUUGGUGGUUUCUAGUAGCCCCAAGUUUUGUUUUGGCGCUAAAAAAUAGCUUUACACAUUUCUUCCGAUUCGUUACCCGAUAACAACUAAAUUUACACUAGGAAUUAUGUUUACUGCAGAUGAUAUGAAAUAAUGCUCUUAAUAUUGUAUGUGCAAGGCUUUUGCCCCUAGAAAAGAACACAUACACGGUUUAUUUACAUCCGGCGAAGGACAUUAGAAACCGUCGAUAUAAAAUCAGUAGUAUCUUUCAUGGGUAGGUUGACCUGAGCAUCCAUCUUGGAAGUUUAUUCCUUGUUUUCUCUUCAAUUUCGUUGGAAUUUUAUGUGUCUUGGAGGGGCAGUGAAGCCACGGCAACCUAGAUGGACAAUACGUCCAUUAUUACUCAAGUCAAUCGGGAUGAGGAGCCCUUGAAUACCUUCCCUACUGCAGAUUCGGCACAAACAACAGCAAGGAAACCUAGAAGUAGAAGCUUACAUGUACUAAGUUCAUUCUUCUGCUGUUUCGGAUCAACGAGUCGAACGCCGCCCACCCCAGUUGCACCUCCUGAGGAAAAUGGACAAAAGCUGCAUGAGCCUGCAUCAAGCUAUGUCCCCUGUCCGACCACUCACAAGUACCUGUUGCCACCGUUACGACACAUCGACGCCCACAAAAACUGUAUAGUCAUCGACCUAGAUGAAACCCUUGUACAUAGUUCGUUUAAGCCCAUAAGCAAUGCAGAUUUUAUUGUUCCAGUAGAGAUUGACGGCACGGUCCAUCAGGUGUAUGUUUUGAAGAGGCCGCACGUGGACGAAUUUUUAAGACGGAUGGGCGAGCUCUAUGAAUGUGUUCUGUUUACCGCCAGUUUAGCAAAGUAUGCUGACCCAGUAGCAGAUCUUCUUGAUAAGAGUGGGGUGUUUAGAUCAAGGCUGUUCAGAGAAUCCUGUGUGUUCCACCGAGGCAACUACAUCAAGGACCUGAGUCGACUUGGCCGCAAGCUAGAACGAAUACUCAUUGUAGAUAAUUCUCCUGCUUCUUAUAUCUUCCAUCAAGACAAUGCGAUCCCAGUGUCAUCAUGGUUUGACGACAUGUCCGACAGAGAGCUUCUGGAUGUUCUUCCUCUUCUAGAGCGCCUCGCAAAAGUAGACGACGUUUACAAAAUCCUCCGCAGAGAAAAUCACAACCAUAUAGUCGCAUAGCAUCUUCACAGCAGAAGGUUCCGAUAUUAUUGUGUUUUUUGGGUCUCUCUUGUUAUUAUAAUUUUUUUUUUUUUUAAAGUAUCAGUAUUUUGUAAAUGAAAUGUGAGAUCGAAAAACAGCAGAGGGAAAGGAAAGUAGACAAAAUAUGUUUCUUUCUUUUUUUGAGACAUGAAACAGUCGUAUGGUGUGAAAUGUUGUCAUGAUGUCCCAGGGUGACUCCCCGAGUUUGAAAGGGAUCCAGCGGCAAACGAGUUAUGCAAUCAGUCCAUUGAGGUUGAAACGCUAAGGCGAGGUCGUAGCUUGUUUCAAGACAGCGUCUGAGUGCUGCUAAUUGCCCAAUUAAUGAGCUAAUUUUUGUUGUUGUUUUUUUUAUUAAUAGAAUUUCUUCAAGCAAUUAUCUAAGCUCGGAAAGCAAGAUGGUGUGUUUAUUUGCUAGUCGUAAAAACAACGAGUUAUAUAUUCAUUAAUUGGGAAAAAUUGCAUGCUUCGAAACCCCCCCCCCCCUGCUAAUUUGUUUUGCUUUAAGGGUCUGCUGUGUUACAAAGAAGAAACAAAAGAACAAAAGUAGUAAAUACUGCAAAAUAUCUAAAUGCAGCAUGCACUUACAACAUGUUUAGCAUCAUUUUUACACUUUAAUCCUAGUAAAUAGUUCAUUUGGUGGAAUCGUUUUAAGUUUUGAAGCAGAACAGUUCCGGAUGUUUGCAGGUCUUCUGUCUUCUCUCAAGCAAAAAUAUUUUCCAAACGCAAACUAAAUUUUGCUGAACGAUGCGCAAAAGUUUUUUUUACAAACGGUCUUGUGCAUCUCUCGUGUUGGCAUCGAAGUUCGCUCGAGGGUUAAAAAAUUUGGGGCUCUUAUGGGUGUGUCAAGCAAAGGGGGGGAAAAAAAAAACCAAAAGGAACAAAUAAAUAGGUGUUCUUUUUGGGUAGGAGGGCUCUGGCAACUGGUUCCAGAUUGGGAACAUAGCUUUGUUUCUCCAUCAAUAGGUUUUCUGAAACUGAGACCACUGACUUGUAAUAAGAUUUUUCGGGGUUGAACAAAGAAUUGACUAGAGUGUGAUUCGAACCAGCGACCUCUGGAUUAACAAGCCGGCGCUCUACCAAC